GUUCCUACAGAAGAGCUUUGCAUGAUGUAGCCACACCCAUCCACACUCUAUGGAUCCUACAAGACUUAACCCUGGCGCCGGCCCCACGCCUUCUCCUACGACAAGUACUAGCUCUCCCACAGACCACCCUCUUUCCUUCAUCGGCUUCCCUCCCGGACAGAUAUUCACACCUACCUCCCCGAUUCUUAACCUAACAUGGCAAAACCGCAAUCAAUACGUCAACAUAUCACUCUCACGUUUCGACUAUUAUGGCGGCGGGGACAUUUUCCAAGAUUUCGUUGCUAGUGGGUCGCUAUCCCCUCACCUCCCUCGAAGUUCCCAAGCCCGAACGCCGGAAAGUGGGAGAGCGUUGUCAUUCCAAGAAACCGAUUCUAUGAGCUACACUCUCUCACGGGAUGUCAAGCUCGCUACGGGUGUUUACGCGUUCUUCAUUUCAACGGUUGGGAAACCGCCGUCUGAGUCUCCUUUUUUUGUGUAUCUUAAUUCCGCCUUACUGGUGCCGUCGAACACGUCGACUACGAUUCCAUCGGUAUCACCGCUGAAUAAGGGGGAUAGUGGAUUAACUUCGGCGCAGAAGGUGGGUGUUGGGUUGGGCGUGCCGUUUGCUGUGCUUGUUUUGGGGGUUAUUGGGUGGGGAGUUUGGUGGUUGAGGAAGCAGAGGGGGAUGCGUGCAGAGGUGAGUCCAGGGGAUAAGAAUGUUGCUGGAAUGAGAGAAGAAGAGACUGGGGGUGAUGAGAGGAGAAGAGAGACCACGGAAUCGAGCGCAGGAGAGCAAGAUACGGCUAGGGAAUUAGAGGGAAUCGAGAUACGACGAGAAUGA